GCGGGCGGGGGCCGCGGGGCGGUGCGGGCGGGCGCUGCCCCCGGAGCCGGCGGCGGCAGAUGCGGGGCGCUCCCCCGGGCCGCCAGCCCCGCUGCCCGCUCUGCGGCGCCCUCGCUGCCCCGGGCUGCGGCGGGCGCUGCCGGCACGUCGAGCUGGCUCCCCCGCAGCCGCCGGGCGCCCGCCGCCCCGCGCUGGCGGAGGGAAUGCCCGGGUGCCCUUUCUGUGGGGAGGCGGCAGGGCGGGAGCUGGAGGAGCACGUCCGGGCGCGGCACGGGCAGCUGCUGGGCGCCCCGGGCGCAGACACAGAUAAUGUUGAACAGCUGUAUGAAUGUCCAAUGUGCAGUCUUACUUGUACAGACAUUCAGAUUCUUGAAGAACAUGUGGAUUUACACUUGGAACAAAGCUUUUCAGAUGGUGGAAGUAUAAGAGAUCUAGAACUGGCUCAGUGGCUCCAAAAUGAAGAAGAUAAACGUCAGAGAUCAGAAGAAGAGAAGCGGGAGAGAGAAGAAUUUAAAAAGCUGCAGAGACAGUAUGGCUUGGAUAAUUCUGGAGGCUACAAGCAGCAAUUCCUGAAGAAUAUGGAAAAGGAAGUCGAUAGAGGAAGGAUGCAGCCUUUUGAGUAUCACAAGAGAAAAGCAGACAUGAUGGAAUGUUUGGCUUCUGGUAUAGAUGAUGGGAAAACAAAGACCUCAGGAGUCAUUGAAGCACUGUGCAAGUACUAUCAGAACGAAAACAAAGACGUGAGGCGUGUAUGGCUUUCCUCAGGAGUAGAUCACUUCCACUCAUCUUUGGGCGACAGAGGCUGGGGCUGCGGUUACAGGAAUUUCCAAAUGCUCCUUUCCUCACUGGUGCAAAACAGCUUGUAUAAUGACUGCUUAAAAGAUACUACACUAAUUCCUAAUAUACCAAAGAUUCAGUCCAUGAUUGAAGAUGCCUGGAAAGAAGGCUUCGAUCCUCAUGGAGCAUCUCACUUCAACAACAAAUUACGUGGUUCCAAAGCAUGGAUAGGAGCCUGUGAAAUUUUUUCACUGCUAACCAGCCUCAGGAUAAAGUGUCAAAUCAUUGACUUUCACAAACCAACUGGCCCCACGGGUACGCACCCUCGUUUAUUUGAGUGGGUUUUGCGUUACUAUUCUACCGAUAAUGAAGGUGGUGCAAAGGUAGUGUGUACUUCCAAACCACCCAUCUACUUGCAACAUCAAGGUCAUAGUCGCACUGUUGUUGGAAUAGAAGAGAAGAAGAAUAAAACCUUAUGUCUGCUACUGUUUGACCCGGGUUGUCCUUCCCAAGAAAUGCAGAAACUGCUAAAACAAAGCAGUGAUGGUACUAAUAUCAGACUGCUUCGGAAGUUCGUGGGUAGCUUAAAAGAAAAGCAGUACCAAAUAGUGGCUGUAGAUGGUGUACUCUCAUUGGAGGAGAAAGCUGCUUGCUGCCGUGCUUCUCAGGUCUUAACAUCAGAGAAGAUUCCUUAAAGGAUGCCUUUAUUAUCUUUCUUACCUCUUUUGGAAUCUGCUGGAUGCAAAUCAUUAGACUUCUGAACUGUGACCCUAACUCAACAAUUUCUUGACUUAGCUGUGUCUCCAUAAAUGUUUGGGGGCCCUGGAGAAGCACAACACUAGAGUAAACCUGUAUUUUUGAUCUUCAAUCAAUACUGCCCUCCUGAUGAAUCUGCAACUCUGAGGUAUUACAGUUACUGUCUUAACUAGAAGAUUUUCUGUUUUCUUAGUUAAAUUACAAUGCAACACCAUUCUGUGACAAACUAUUACACCAUAGUUAACUGUCAAUGAGCAGUGGAUAGAGAUCCUGUGGAACUACUUUACUGGAGUGCCUCUGUAAAUGUAUUUAUGCUGACUCUGUUGCCAGUGCUCCAUUUCUUACCAAAUUUGAUCAACAAAUACCUAUUACGUCUCAGCAAAUUCUCCUGCAACUAUUUGCAAAGUCCAGAGACAGAUCAGUGAUUUUACAUGGUACAAUCUGUUCCACCAGGGAUUAGUUUACUACUGAACUUCUUUUUAGCUAGCUGGCUAGUCCAGCUGUCACUUGUAAACACAAACAUGUGUGCUUAUGAGGUGGGUCAGUGUUAACAUUGAUCCUAACUCUGAUCCUAUCUUAGACCUCACAGGUACAGAUCUAAGAUAGUGGUGUCCAAAGUAGAGUGCAUGUGCUCUAAGGACUCUGCAAGACCAUUGACUGGGAAGUUUUCCUUUUGUAUCAUGAAUAAAUAAAUAAAUAAAACAUUGAGAAGUGUUUUGUUUCA